AUGAAGUCUGAUUAGAUAAAGUAAGCAGAAGAGUUCGAAAUUGAGGAGUCCUCAUUUGAAUCUUUUAGCAAUGUAAACCUAGCCUAAAGCCAAGAUUUUUUCAAUAAAAACACUGGCAUAGAUGAGUUUAAAUAGAAUAAUGAAGAUAAAAAUAGAAGAGCAAAAGCAAUUAACAAAGAGAAAGAUAUGGCUAAGGAUUCUAAGAGGAAUCAACCGAAUACUACUGACUUUGAGUUUGUGUGGACUAGUUUACUCUGGCUUCUUUUCUAUCCUGUUGGUGUACAUGUGGAUUAAUAUAAAAAGCUUUGUGGUAUUUAAUACAUCUUCAACUACAUCAAAAGCGAUGAUUAGGAACCAUUUAUAGUGUCAUUUAAUGAAGCUAAAUUCUCCAAUGUAUUAUUCUUUGGCUUGAUAUUCUGCUUCAUAAUUCUAAUUCAGUCAUUAAUAGGCAUGUACUUUGUGAAACCCUUGUUUGCUUUGGCUAAUAAACAGCAAACUCAUGAAAUCUUAAGUGUUACAGAUACAGAUAUCUCCAAUGAAUCUGAUUUGGAACAAAGUAGUGGUGCAGAUACUUAAGGUCACACUCAUGAUAAAAAAAGCGCUAGCCUCACAUCCGAUGAGAACUACUAUUCGCAUAUGCACACUGCCUUCUUACAAAGGAUACUUCUAGUGAUAUCAGUGAUCAGCUUUUUCUUUUUAGCAAAUAUGCUCUAUAAUUUAUCAUGCGAGAUUGACUAAGCUGGGUAAAAAUUCAUUGAAGAUAACAUCAUUCGCUAAAACUUUACUUAAUUCAUACAAAGAGGUGAGAAGGCAUAGAGAGCUGUCUAAGAAAUUGUAAGAUGGUAGAGAUAAAUGGGAUCAAGAGUGGUCUUUGCAGCAAUAUUUUUCUUUGAUGCAUUUGCUCUGGGGGCAUUUAUAACUCUUACUUCAAUAUGUUUGUAUAGUACGCAUCAACUCUCAAGAAGCUAAAAGAGAACUGAGGAAGAUUGA